AAUCUAUGUCCAAUGGAAGUUUUUUAGAGAAUUUAAUUUCGCGAGAAUCUUUGGUCGAACCAACAGUCAACCAUUCACCUACAAAAACAAAAGUGUCGAGAGUUGUAACAACAAAGAAAAAUCUAGAG